AUGGCCACCCAAACCAGCGAGCUCAGUGUCCCGUAUGCUACCGCUGAUGAUGUGUAUGCCGCCGCGAUUGUUCUACCAGUGCUGGGAACUGUCUUCUUAGCGCUGCGAUGGCAACAAAGGCGCAACCAACGCGAAGGCAUCGGCAUCGAUGACUGGCUUACGGUUCCCUCCCUGGUUUUUACGAUCGGUAUGGGGAUCGCGUUGGUUAUCGGUGUCCAUGGAAAGGCCAUUGGCUACCCCACGCCAUCUCAGUCUAGUCUGACCUCCGAGGAGCAAAUGAAUACAGUCAGCGCAAUUACAAAGCUGAAGGGAACGGUGCAAUUCGCCGUCAUUAUUCUUUUGAUUCUUGCCGCCGGUUUUCUCAAAUUAAGCAUCAUAUUCCUUUAUCGCCGCCUUUUCGUCGUCGUUCUAUAUGGGUCACCUUUCGAUUUUGUUACCAUCGCUGCCAUAGCCAUUAGUGCCGCAUGGACAAUCACAUUUGUUGUCGUGGUUACUUUAUCCUGCGGCACCCAUGUCUCGGCACAAUGGGGCAGCCCAACUGUCAAGGCCGUAUACUGUGGUCGGAGCUUAGAUAUGGAAAAUGCCUUUGUUGUGAGUGAUGCGGUGACAAAUGCUUUGAUUUGGUUGAUGCCGAUGCCAAUUAUUUGGGCCAUGCACAUGAGAUGGCCAAAAAAGUUGGCAGUUACAGGAAUUCUCCUAAUCGGCUCCAUUUCCGUUAUUGCGUCUAUCAUCAAGAUUAUCAUCUCAUUCCAAAUAUCCGGUGGUGGGUACAGGGCCAACGUGGACCCUAAUUUGACUGUGGGCACAAUCCUGUACUGGUGUAUGAUUGAAGCCGGUCUAGCCAAUAUCGCCUCUAACCUCCCUCUUUUCCGCGGUUUAUUUGACAAUAUCUCGUUGGCCACUAUCAUUCGCAGUGUCCGAAGUACCAUCAGCCUCGAUUCAAUGACUCCGUCCGGUAGAGGCGGUCGGUCGCAGAGAACAACUCAGGAUGAUACCGAAGUCUUGAGGUCUACUAGUCGCCCCCUUGAUGAGGAAUCAAAGUUGGUGGAUAACAAAAAUCAUCCGUUGCCGAUGAAAAAUCGCGGUUUAGAACAGAGCUGA